AUGAAUGUGGCUAUUUCUCUCCUCACACGUAACAAAAAAGAGCCCUUUUUGGAUCGAAUGAUAACAGACGAUGAGAAGUGGAUUCUGUACAACAACGUACAGCGAAAGAGGACCUGGAAAAAAGCAGGUGAAGGUGCAGAACCCGUCGCAAAAGCUGGCCUGCAUCCAAUGAAGGUGUUGCUGUGUGUUUGGUGGGAUUGCAGGGUAAUUAUUCACUUUGAGCUACUCCGACGCGGCGAAACAAUCACGGCGGACAAGUACUGUGAGCAACUCACUAGACUCGAUGCGGCUAUUCGAGAAAAACGUCCGGUUUUGGUCAAUCGGAAAGGCAUCAUCUUCCACCACGACAAUGCUAGACCGCACGUCGCCCAACAGACGCUGCGAAAACUGCAGGAGUUGCAAUGGGAAAUUCUCCAGCACCCACCAUAUUCUCCAGAUAUUGCGCCUUCAGAUUUUCAUCUGUUCCGGUCUUUGCAGAAUAGUUUGAAUGGCGAAAAUCUUAAGUCCGAGGGAAGCUGUCGAAAACCACCUUACGAACUUUUUUCAAGGAAAACCAAGCUCUUUCUUCAAAAAUGGAAUCAAGCUUGUAGAUCGUUGGAAAACAAUUGUAGAGAAGGAUGGAGACUAUAUAAUUGA